UGAGACCCAUAAGAUCAAAAAUCUCCAGUGGACACUAGGAAAUGGUGCACAUGCCCAGGCUUUCCUCAGUUACUGGAAUCUCAAGCACCAGUCAGUCCUGCCUUCCCUUCUUUUUGAGAGACAGUGCUUCCCCAUCUCUAGCCCCAGUCUCCUCCUAGAAAGAAGUUACAUGAUAGGUCAGAUGGCAAGGAAGCAUCUUCCAGCUUAAAACCUACCAGAAGUUUUGUCCAAGGGCAGCUUCCAGCCUUUCCUUCUUCCUCUCGCACAGCCUGAGAAGAUGGAUGGCAGAGAACUGAGGUGGGGUGAAACCCACGCACACUAAGCCUUUCGCUGCCCCAGGCUCCUUGCCUGCUGUUGCCUCUUUGUGGAAUAUCUAGCCAGACUGGUAGAACCACCUUUCCUGGACACACACACACACACACACACACACACACACACACACACACACACACACACACGCUACACUGCAGACUAAAUCCCUAGUCAAGGUCCCCUUCUCAGAUUAUGGAGCAGAACCAGAGAUGACAAUUAUGGUGAUGGAGAAGAGGAAGGUUUCAGCUUACCUGAGUGGCAUCUUUGAUGUUUGGUCAUCCAGUCCCUUCCAGUUUGGACUAAUUAUGUCUGUUGAGUUAUUAUUCUAAACUGCACCAGACAGCUCAAUCUUCUUACUGACCCCAUCCCUCCUACCAUGCUCAGCUGACCUGGAACACACCUCAGCCUGCCUCUGGACAUGGCUGUGAGCUCUGCAGCACCAAGGGAGUAUGCCUAGGAAGUGCUAAAACGAUUGUGUGAGAGGGCCUGUAAGCAGCUCUCUGUACUCCCUGAUCAAGACAGGGACCACAGGCCAUCUUCUGCCUUCCAAGUUUGAUUUAUGUAUUCAUGGAGUCCAGCUCUGAGGUAGUUCAACAUCUACAGUCAGACGGGAUCUUCACAGGGGGACAGACAGGUCUACACCCAGGCAAAGACAGGGGGCAAGUUCCCACCAAUGACGUCCUCUCCAAAGCGUCCCUGCAGAAGCUGCAGAGAAGUAUCUGAGGAGAGUUUAGGUCUCUGGUGGUACAUGUGACAGACCUGCACUUGAGACCCAGUCAACACAAGACAAUCUCACAGUAGGUGAGGAAUGAGCAUCAGGGAGGAAAGAGGAAACAAAGCCAUAGCCAGGGAAGGUCACAAACAACAACAGGGAAGUGACCAUGUGUAGCCUCCACCUGACCUGGGCAGGGAUAUAAAGGCCCAGGCUCAGGAGGCUCCACAUCUGCACACCUUCCUCUCCACCUUCUCCUCUGACCUACUCCAUUCUCAACCAAACACCAGAACCAUGACCUGCUGUGGCUGCUCAGGAGGCUGUGGCUCCAGCUGUGGGGGCUGUGGCUCCAGCUGUGGGGGCUGUGGCUCCAGCUGUGGAGGCUGUGGCUCCUGCUGCUGCAAGCCUGUGUGCUGCUGUGUGCCUGUCUGUUCCUGCUCCAGCUGUGGGGGCUGCAAGGGAGGCUGUGGUUCCUGUGGGGGAUGCAAGGGAGGCUGUGGCUCCUGUGGGGGCUGUGGCUCCUGUGGGGGAUGCAAGGGAGGCUGUGGCUCCUGUGGGGCCUGUGGCUCCUGUGGUGGCUGUAAGGGAGGCUGUGGCUCCUGUGGUGGCUGCAAGGGAGGCUGUGGCUCCUGUGGUGGCUGCAAGGGAGGCUGUGGCUCCUGUGGUGGCUGUGGCUCCUGUGGUGGCUGUGGGUCCUGCGGUGGCUGUAAGGGAGGUUGCGGUUCCUGUGGGGGCUGUAAGGGAGGCUGUGGCUCCUGUGGUGGCUGCAAGGGAGGCUGUGGCUCCUGUGGUGGCUGUGGCUCCUGUGGUGGCUGUGGGUCCUGCGGUGGCUGUAAGGGAGGCUGUGGCUCCUGUGGGGGAUGCAAGCCCUGCUGCUGUCAAUCCAGCUGCUGCAAACCUUGCUGUUCCUCAGGUUGUGGGUCUUCCUGCUGUCAGUCCAGCUGCUGUAAGCCCUGCUGCUGUCAGUCCAGCUGCUGCAAACCUUGCUGCUGUCAGUCCAGCUGUUGCAAGCCCUGCUGCUGUCAGUCCAGCUGCUGCAAGCCCUGCUGCUGUCAGUCCAGCUGCUGCAAGCCCUGCUGCUCCUCAGGCUGUGGGUCUUCCUGCUGUCAGUCCAGCUGCUGUAAGCCCUGCUGCUGUGCCCCUGUGUGUUGUCAGUGCAAGAUCUGAUGUACUGGCCACAGGCUUCAUGUGGUUUCCCUCAAUUACAUCUAGGGAAGCUUUGAGUUUCAUUGUUCCCUGAGCACUUCCUGAUCCUGUGGUCCUCUGGCAUUUUUCUCUGCAGCACCACAAGCCACAUAUCUGUUUCAUUCCCCUGAAGGAAGUAUACAUUCCAACCUCAGGCAUGCCCCUACCCUAUGCUAGUCUCUACUUCCCCUCUGGUCUGCCUCUUCAACUCUUCUAAUGCACAGAACCACAUUCCUGUGCUUUGUUAAGAAUGUCAGCGUGGGGGGACCGCCCCCUGCCCUCACCCAGACUUAUUUUCCUGCUUCUCUGUGAGCUCUGCCCAGCAGGGCUUCCUUCCUGGGACAGUAGAGGAGAUUCCAAUCUUUGCCUGUUAAAAUUGUAUUAAAUCCCAAAUUAAUAAAACGUUCUUUGUUCACUACAA